AUGGCGGAACGGAUCCUCAUGAACGAGUACAAGACGCUGGCAAAGGAGCCAUGGGUCAACAUCGAGCUGAACGAGGAAGAUAUUUUUAACUGGACUAUCGGGCUGAUCGUUCUCAACCCGGACUCCUCCUACUAUGGGGGCUACUUCAAAGCCCUUAUGAAGUUCCCUAAGAAUUAUCCUUAUUCGCCCCCAGAAUUCCGGUUCCUCCGUCCUCUUUACCACCCCAACAUCUACCGUGAUGGCAAGCUCUGCAUCUCCAUCCUCCACGCGCCAGGCGAAGACGAGAUGUCCGGCGAACUGGCUUCCGAGAGAUGGUCGCCCGCCCAGCGCGUCGAAUCCGUUCUCAUUUCCAUUCUGUCCCUGCUCGACGAUGCAGAGGUGUCUUCUCCCGCCAACGUCGACGCCGGAAUCAUGCUCCGGAAAGACCCUGUGAAAUACAAAUCGAUCGUUCAGAGCAACGUGGAGGCCUCCAAGAACGACAUCCCCGAAGGGUUUGUCAUGCCGACUCACCAGACAACCGCGGCGGCAAAGCCGGUGGAAAAGGACGACUCGGACUUCUGGGCGGAGAGCGAUGUCGACGACGACGUCUUUGGCGGAAGCGACUCGGACGAGGACUUGAAUGUGGACGACCAGGACACCGGCAGCGACGACGAGGAAGACGACAAGAACCGCCGCUAG